AGGAGCAGCUGACGGUGCGCGCUCCGUUCGCUAGGGUUCUCGUCGCAGAGACGAGAAGCUCUGUGUGUUCGCCGAUCGAGGCUCGAUCGAGCGAGCGCUCGCCGGAUUUUGCUUUGCUCCCGCGUCCUCGAUUCAUGAAAACUUGGUCGGAGCACAGUGCAGAGCUGACGGAGUGAGGGAGACAAGAGGAUGAGCAUAGUGCCGAAGGAGUCGAUCGAGGUGAUAGCGCAGAGCAUCGGGAUCAGCAACCUGUCGCCCGACGCCGCGCUCGCCCUAGCGCCCGAUGUCGAAUACCGCCUGCGCGAGAUCAUGCAGGAAGCUAUCAAAUGCAUGCGCCACUCCAGGAGAACAGUCUUAACAGUUGAUGAUGUGGAUGGUGCUUUGAACUUGAAAAAUGUCGAGCCAAUUUAUGGGUUUGCCUCCAGUGGAGCUUUGCAGUUCAAAAGAGCUAUUGGACAUAAAGAUUUGUUUUACCUUGAUGACAAAGAUGUAGACAUUAAAGACGUUAUUGAAGCUCCUUUACCCAAAGCUCCUCUUGAUACUGCUGUCCAUUGUCACUGGCUGGCCAUUGAAGGUGUACAACCUGCUAUUCCUGAAAAUGUUCCUGUAGAAGUAAUUACGGCUCCUCCUCAUGGCAAAAGUCAAGAACAAAAGGAUGACGGACUUCCUGUAGACAUUAGACUUCCUAUCAGGCAUGUGCUGUCAAGAGAGCUUCAGAUAUAUUUUGAAAGGAUUACCGAGCUAACUAUGAGAAGCCCCGAUUCAGUCCUUUUCAAAGAAGCGUUAGUGAGUUUGGCUACAGACUCAGGACUCCAUCCACUUGUCCCGUACUUCACAUGCUUUGUAGCUGAUGAGGUAUCUCGUGGCUUAAAUGAUUUGCCCCUUCUUUUGGCCUUACUGCGUGUUGUUCGUAGUCUCCUUCAUAAUCCUCACAUCAAUAUGGAACCUUAUUUACAUCAGUUGAUGCCAGCUGUUGUCACGUGUCUUGUAGCAAAGAGGUUGGGAAAAAGGCUUGCGGACAAUCACUGGGAGCUUAGAGAUUUUGCAGCAAACCUGGUUUCCUCUAUAUGCAAAAGGUACGGGCAAGUUUAUAAUACUCUGCAAUCGCGUCUUACGAGGCAACUGAUCAAUGCGUUUUUGAACCCAAAACACACAUUGGCGACACACUAUGGUGCAGUUCAAGGUUUAGCAGCUUUGGGAGCUAAUGUGGUUCGCCUUCUCAUACUGCCAAAUCUGGAGCCAUAUCUGCAACUCCUUGAACCAGAGAUGCUUCUUGAGACGCAGAAAAAUAAAAUAAAGAGGCAUGAAGCUUGGCGAGUUUAUGGGGCCUUGCUGCAUGUCAUGAUGCAAAAUGCUUUCCAGCAUGCAUCCGGUCAAAGCCUGUAUGACUGCUUCAAGAUCCUCCCGCCUCUGCCAUCCCUUCAACCAGGAGCUGUCUGGAAGACUAAUGCAAGAGUUAUUACUUCACUCUUGAAGAAACGCGGAGCAAGCACGGAGCACUUGGAGCAGCAGUCACCCCUGAAGAAAAUGGCCGUUGAUGGGACAAUAAAUGCAGUGUCCACCAACCCAUCACCCACUAAUGGGCGAGAAGAAGCCGCUGCUGUGACUCCUUCCAACGAUUCCGAUGCAGAUGCCACUCCAUCCGCUGCAGGGAAGGACCCUAAUGAUGAUGAUGCGGGCACCGGAAGUGGAAGAGUCAACGGGAGCAGUCGGUCUGUGAACAUGUCAGCUAUGGUGCGACAAAUUUGGAAGGACGACUUGGACUCGGGGCGUCUCCUAGUCUCUUUGCAUGAGCAGUUUGGCGAGAGCCUCAUUCCCUUCAUUCCGUCCCCUGAAUUGUCAGUCUUUUUGUAAUGUUAGCAGUCCGCUAACAUUGCACUACAUGGGCGUGUACAAUAUGAUUAGACGAAGUUUGUUUUUUGGGUCGAAUGAUUAGACGUAGUUGACCAAAAAACGAAAAACACUUUUAGCCAUUUGGCCUCGAGUCCUGUCCAUUCUAUGCAGGUAACGGAGCCUUUAUCUUUUCAAUUCCGAUGGGGAAUCGAAUCCACCGGAAUCGCGAAUAUCUGAUUCGUCAUUGGUAAUUUCCUAAUAAAUGAUGGUAAUUUCUUAA